GAGGGCGGGCAGGCUGGCUGGCGCUGGCCGUGGCUGUGGGAGCGGUCCAGCAUGGUGUCGCUGGGGGAUCGUCGCCCCCCGCCCGGCGACCUGGCGUCGCUGUCGGAGCUGGACGAGGCGUCGCUGCUGGGCGGGCUGCGGGAGCGGUUCUUGGGGCAGCAGGUCUACACCGACAUCGGGGACAUCCUCGUCGCCAUGAACCCCUUCCAGCCCCUGCCGCUCUACGGGAGAGAGGUCUCCGAGCGGUACCGGCACCCCCAGACGGGCACGCUGCCACCACACAUCUUCGCCGUGGCCAGCCGGGCCUACCACGCCAUGCAGGGCCACCGGGGCGGUGGGCCACAGAACCAGUGUAUCGUCAUCAGUGGAGAGAGCGGUGCAGGGAAAACAGAGAGUACGAAGCUACUGUUGCAGCACAUAAUGUACCUAUGCAAAGGCAACUCACAGCUGGAGCAGCAGAUCCUUCAGGUAAAUCCGUUGCUUGAAGCUUUUGGCAAUGCCCAGACUGUGAUGAAUGACAACAGCAGCCGCUUUGGAAAAUACAUACAGCUGCGUUUCCAGAAGAACACGGUACGAGGUGCAAAGUUGAGUGAGUACCUCUUGGAGAAGUCACGGGUAGUGCAACAAGAUACCGGAGAGAGGAAUUUCCAUAUCUUCUACUACAUGUUUGCUGGACUGUCUUCGGAGGAAAAGGAGAUAUAUGGGCUAUUGGAUCCUUCACUCUACAGGUACAUAAGUGGACGAUUUGGUACACAGGAUGUAGCUCAGCGCUGGAAGCAAAAGUACCAAGAGGUGUGCAAUGCCCUUGACAUGGUGGGAUUCCAAGAACAGGAGCAAGUGGACAUGCAGGCUAUCUUGGCUGGUGUGUUGUCUCUGGGCAAUGUGACCUUUGAGCCUGAGGAGAGGAAUGGGUCUGUAAAAGUGAGUGAAGCCUCCCGGGGAUGGCUGAAGGCUGCAGCGGGUCAGUUUGGAGUCCAGGAAGAUGAACUGUUAAAAUGCCUUAUUUGUACCAUGUCAGUGACCCGAGGCGAGCAGAUUCAGCGUUUUCACACCCAGCAGCAAGCAGAAGAUGCUCGGGACUCCAUUGCAAAGGUUGCAUAUGGCCGCGUAUUUGGCUGGAUAGUCUGUAAGAUCAAUGAGCUGCUGGCUGAGAACGUGGAUCCUGAGGUGGAACUGAGUGAAAUAGGUAUCUUGGAUAUUUUUGGGUUUGAAAACUUUGCAGUGAAUCGUUUUGAACAGCUUUGCAUAAACUUGGCCAAUGAGCAGCUCCAGCACUUCUUCAACCAUCACAUUUUCCAGAUGGAGCAGGCUGCCUAUAAGGAAGAAGAGCUGCCUUGGGAGACUAUCACAUUCAACAAUAAUGAACCUAUUCUGAAUCUGCUCCUGGCCAAGCCACUUGGGCUCCUGUCUCUUCUGGAUGAGCAGAGUGCGUUCCCUCAGGCAACUGAUAAGACGUUUGUGGAUAAAUUAAACAGCAGCUUCAAGGGGAAUUCACACUUCCAGCCAGGCCGAGGCCGUGUUUUGGGUUUCAGCAUCAUUCACUAUGCUGGGAAAGUACAAUAUGCUGCUGGAGGCUUUCUAGAGAAGAACAGAGACACCUUGCCAGCCAACGUCCGUGGGCUCUUCAUCAACAGCAUCACCCCCUUGCUCAGCUUGCUGUUCAAAGCCACUAUCUCCAGGACAGGGACACUGAUGCCUCAUGUGAAAGCCAAGGUCAUACCAGGAGCAGAUGACAAGUUCAACAGCACACGAAAACAGUCUGCCGGAGCUCAGUUCCGGCAUUCCCUGAUGAUGCUCAUGGAGAGGAUGUAUUCUGCCAACCCCCACUUUGUGCGCUGUAUCAAGCCCAACAGCCAGAAGGAGCCAGGUGUGGUGGACAACCAGGUGGUGCUGCAGCAGCUCCGGUACAAUGGACUGCUGGAGACAAUCCGUAUCCGGAGAGAUGGUUUCUCCUGGAGACCCUCGUUUGAGGAAUUUGCUGAAAGAUAUGGAAUUCUUCUAAUUAAACCAGGUGUUUCCCUCACAAAAGAAAGCUGCUUGGAGAUACUCCAAAGUACAGAGUUGACAGGCUGGAUAUGCGGAAAGUCACGACUUUUCUUUAAAUAUUGGCAUCAGGAACAGCUGGCGAAGUACGUGGAGCGACUGGAAAGAGCAGCAGUUGUCAUACAGAAAGUUUUCAGGGGAUUCAGAUGCAAGAAGAGUUACCUAAAACUGGUGGCUGAGCUGAGAGCUCAGGCGCAGCAGCUACAGGAGGAGGCAGAGAGAGAAAGAAGCCGGCAGCUGGCGAUGGAAGCAGAGGCCCAGAAAAGAAUCUCCCUUCCGGUACCCAUGCCACGGAAGAGGCGCCCUCAGCCUUGUCCCCAUCCUCCUGAUAAGUUGUCACAGCCACCAGUGCCACGGCCACGCAGCAAACUAACAGAGUCUACUCCUUUUGAUAACUUCUUGGACCCUUCUGUGCCUCGCCCUGUUUUGGGGAGGGACGAACAGACCGGAGAAGAGGGAAAAAUGAGGAAAUGCAAAAGAGGAGCAACUCUCCGCUGGUUCAAAGAGACACAGGCCAAGAAGGUCAUACAGGAUGAUGGGGCUUUUCCGAGCUGGCUUCAUGGGAUGAUCAGCCGGAGGGAAGCUGAAAACUUGCUGAUUGACAAGCCUUUGGGUUGCUUCCUUGUACGGAUCAGCCAGAGCCGACCAGGCUACACCCUGACAUACAGGGGCGAAGGCCGCUGCAGACACUACAUGAUUGAGAUGCAGCCCAAUGCACGCUAUGUCAUCCUGGGGGAAGACCGGGCCCACGCCUCCCUUACCGAACUGGUUCGGUAUCACCAGACUGUGGGCAUCCAGCCCUUCAUGGAGAUACUGACUGUUCCCUGUGGGCAGAAAAGUAGUGAGAGUUUGGAUUAUGAAGAUCUGGAGUGCCUCAGGCUGGGUCCACCAGAAGCCGAAGGAGAGGCCCACCCAGAGAAGCAGCCCUACCCCUCUGGUCCUUCCACCAGCCAACGGGCUCUGCAGUCAGGAGCAGCCGCGGUUCUCACACACAUGUGGUUCAGAAGGAACAAGAAUUCCCAGAAUAAAGAGAGCCAGGACAAGAGUAGGACCAAGCCGAGCUCAGUCAAGAAGGGCAGCCAACGAGCUUUCCCUCGCCUCCACUCUUCCAUACGCCUGGCGAUGCAGGAGAUCCAGCAGUUCUCUUCCACUGCCUUGAACACCUCUGAACAGAACGGCUGUCAAGCUCUCUCCAUUCAACAUGUAGAGCCCAAGUGACACGGUCCGAGUGGCUGACUCCUGUCCUCCUGCAGUGCUGCUGGGCCUUGCCUAACUGGGUGAACAUAUCUGGACAUACAGCAGCCUUUUUUCUUCUUUCUUUUUUUUUUUUUUUUUCCUUUUUGUUUUUGCUGCACCCAGCUGGCCCUGUGCCUUGAGACAGGACUGCUGCAGAAAUGAACUUCCAUCAGCGCUCAUCCAGUCUGGAUGGCAGAGACUGCAGUAUCUGGACCAGGCUCAUCCUGGCGGAGGGGAGAGGACAGGAGCAGUCAUGCUGUACGGGGAUACGACAGUGCCAGAUGGUCUGCCUGUCAAUAUUUCAGCAUGCCUGCAGCCCCCCUCGCCUCACACUGUUAAUAGUCACAAACUGUAUAUCUCCCAACACCCUGUUCUCUCACAGGUACCUGUACUGAUUUCCUACCUCUUUCUCUUCAAGUCCUCUGUUUUGGUCCUGUGUAUCCACUGCUCUGGGGGCCAAAGAAAGCUCAGCUUUGGAAGUA